GUGUGCUCUGCUUCCUGGAGAUGUCCUGAGGGUUUGUCAUCAGCAAGUGCUUUGUGUUUUGCAGUAUACAUAGAUAGGCAAAUAUUUCUAUUCACAGAAUUAUGGAAUGGUUUGGGUUGGAAGGGACCUUAAAGAUCAUCUGAUGAAAUAAAAAAAGGGCUAAUGAUACUAAGAUGCCUGACUCACCAAAUGCCAUAAUUUUGUAGCUGCAACUUCUUUUGACUGAUUUUAGUUUUCAAUUUGUGUUAGUAUACUAGUGACAAUAAAACAGCUCCUUAAAAACUUGGGAACCCUUUUCUGGUGGUAUUGUUAUUUGGUCUGUUAAUCUCCUUGACAAAGCAUCACCAUCCCAUCAUUCCCAAACUCACAAUCCAGUAUUAUUGUCAUGAUUCAUUUCUUAAAUAUGGCAAAAGCAAAGACAGGGAGUAAGAGAUGUCUCCUGGCAUCUGCUUUUCUAGCCAGCAGUGAGCCUUUGUGGGGCUAAUUGAAAGCUCAUUUCACAACCUGCCUGAACUCUCUUUCCUUUACACUAAUUGAUGAAAUUUCUGAGCAUUCAAGAAAUUAUUUGGGAACACUCCCUUCCCCUCUGUAUUCCCACAGAGAGCAGUGCCCACAAGAAGAGCUUUUCAUCCUCUUGGGGAGGGAGCAGGAGCUACAUGUGAGCUGUAGCUGGUUCCCCUUUGCUGGUGGUUUUCAGCUCUUGUGCAGUGCAGACACACAGAGAGGGUUGUUAAACGUGAAGCCAGGGGCACAUGAGAGGUACGUCCUGUGCUGUUGUGUGGGAAUUUAUUCCCGUUGUCAUUGCCAAGAUGCAGAUCCAAGCUGCUGGUUUGUGUGCAGGGCUGGUAUAAUAAUUGAAGGCUUACCUGAAGUAAUGGAGCAUCUCUCAUCUCUUUGUUCCUUACGAAGCCAAGACUUUUGCUUUUGCAGCCACCAAUCUAAGCCUGUGGGAACAGUGACAGGUUGAACUGAUUGUACCAAGCAGCCACAUUUCCAGUGAGGCCACAACUGAAGGACAACUGCCUGGCUUGGGUGCUGUGAAGGGCAAAUUUGAGUGAGUGCCUCUGUUCUCAGUUGUCUUCAAAGGGAAGGUGGGUGCUCACCAUAGACAACUUUCUACUCCUACCCUCAGGGCUGGGAGUUGCUCAGUAGCAGGAAACCAGGGGCGGUUUUAGUGUGAAGUCAACAUCAAGAUACACCUCUCUGUCACAUUCAUUGGAAUAGAAAAGCAAAAGCAGCAUCCUGCUGGCUUCUUUUAGUAGAGAGCUGAUGUAGCUGAAAGGCAACAGGCCAGCUUGGGGCAUCAACCCUUUCCUCAGGUCUUUAACUCAUCAGUCAGAUUGUAGAGAGCAACUAAAGAGACCUCUGAAAAUGCUGUGGAUGUCCUGUCUCCCCUCUGCAUCCCUCUGUCUGCUGCUCCUCCCGUGCUUCCCUGCCCAGACCGGUGGAGAAAAUGAACAGUCAACAGACGUUCUCAGUGUUUGGGAAGGAGACUCCAUCAGCAUAACUUGCUCAAUCAGUGGUUUAGGAGAGCACGUGGGAAUGCACUUGAAAAGUAGCAGAAAGACAGUCAAUAUGAUAUAUUUUUCCAAGGACAACCCUCCAAAUAUCUCUCCUGAUUUGGCUGGUCGCACCGAGUGUUCAAGGGAAGGAAGGAAUUACAGGACAACUUUGCACAACGUACAGGAAUCUGACUCCAAUAUCUACCUAUGCAUUGAGUAUGUUACAGUCAAUGGCCAUCACAAAAUACUGGAUGGGAAGAGAAGCAUAGUAGUGGUGAAAGCUAAAACUGGUGGGGCUUUGAAGCAGUCACCACUCUAUGCCAGCCCUCAGCAAGGCCAGUCUGUCAGCAUUACCUGUGUGAUGAACAGCUCACGUGGGGACGAAGGGAUCUACUUGCUCAAGACUCAUGUGCAACCUGAAAGUGUUCUCUAUGUGUCAAAUCAGAGUGCUACAAGGAUCCUACCUGCCUUUGCUGAGCGCUUGGAGUAUUCAAGGGAAGGGAAGCAAAUAGUGAUAACUCUGCACAACCUACAGGAGAACGACAGUGAUAACUAUGUCUGUGCUGAGGAGGUGAAAUAUGUAAAAAAUACCCGUCUCCUCUCAGCAAGUGGCACCAUGGUGCUGGUUAAAGAAGGGGAGCAGACAUACUCCCAGAAGGCAUGCAGUGAUAGUUCCUGGGUCAUCUAUUCUCUCCUCAUCGUGGUGGCACUACUGUUUUGUGCACUGGUGUGCUGCACCUUGUACCAUGUCAAUACAAAGAAAUACUUCCAAAAAAACCCCCCAAAUGUAGUUUAUGAAGAUAUGUCUUACAGUUCUAGACGGAACACACUGGUCAGAACCAACACCUACUCCAGGGGCAGUGAAGCUUAAGCUGGGACCAUCAACAUCAACUUUACAGGUCUCUCUGAGAGCUGCUUCAACAAUCUGAUGCAGUAGUUGAACUGAAAGUGCUGUCGCCCACCUUUUUCAGUGGAAAGAAAAAACUAAUUUCCAAAGCUUUUUUCUGCUUUUUACAUUUCUUUUUUUUUUUUUUUUGGUAAUGUAUAGAAAAUAUAGCAAAAUGCAGGCAC